GUUUUCGUAAGCGGCAUUUUUCGGCAACGACCUUGUAGGCGAUAUAUGACUUCACGUUCUGUGAAAUGAACAAUGUUGGCCGCUUGAUUGAAGGUAUCGUGCCAGUGAAACUUGAUGGAAAGUGGAAGCGAAAACUCUGUGCACUUGAACGUUUGGCAACGUUUACAAGUAUUAUUGUUUUUUCUUCUAUUCAUGGUCUUAAGACUCGAUAAAGCUACAUGUGUUCAACGAAGAUGGAAGCAUUUGUCGCAGUCAGGAUGUCCAUGCCUAUAUACUUGGAGUGGAUUCGAAGCAUGAUGGGACAAUUAUGUUCGUAUGCACCUAUAAAUUGCGGUGCAUAUCCUUUGAACAUUUUGAGGAAAUGACUAGGUGGGAUGAUGUACUCAAAGCCAACCUAAUGUGUUCAUAUUUUCAUGCUAACCUUAUCGUCGCUCCUAAAAAUAGCAAUCUGCAUAGCUAUGCAUGUCAUAGAAAAAGUCAUCGAAUCAUUCAAAGGCGUUUCAAUCAUGUGGUUGCAUUUCCAAGAAAAUUGUGUCUUAGACUGUCAAAUACUUCUACUGAUGGCUAUUUACAUGUAACUCGUGAUCGGAUAUGUUUUACCACUGGACCAGGAUGCUCUCGUCCUCGUCUGUUAGCCACGUGGACCUUUGACAAUGAUGAGAUUGUACAGUGUGGUACUGCCCGCAUUCAAAACACCGUAAAGGGAGACUUUACCAACCCUCCAUCACUUUUCUUCCUAACUGCAUUUCCUGACCAUCCCGAGGCACCUGGGAGUCACCUGUUUCUAUCUGACCGAGCUGCUGACCUGUGUGAUAUAAUUGAGCACACCAAUAGAGCUGCGGUUUAUCAAGCCGACUGGAGGCGCUUAACAUGCAUGGCCGCACUUAUAGAUUCCCCACUUCUUAAGGAAAAUAAUUUACACCAAAAUGAUUCCAUAUGUAUUCCAACUAAUUGGCAUACCAGUUUUUCUUGUUCAAGCACAACUGGAGAUACAGAACUAAGUUCGUACGCUAAAUAUCCAGAAAAAAACCCUGGUGAUGAAGUCUUUUUAUUAGCCGUGAAAUCAUGUGAUAAUGAAGUAUUCUGCAAGACUCAAACAAUACAGGUUGGGAAUUAUACCGACAAUCAAGCUAUUGGAAGUUUCGAAAAUGUGUCGGAACAGAUUUGUGUAAACCCACAUUGUAGUUCGAUUUGUGAUCGAAGAAAAUGGAUUGCUAUGAAUCCAAGACGACGCUUUUCCAGUCAUCCUGUAGAAUGUAAUGGUCUGUAUAUUGAUUAUCUUACUGGGUGUGAACACAAUGCAAAGUUUCCUUCAAACUGCCUGUAUUCACAACUGACUAAAAGUCAUUAUGAUACAGCGUCGGAUACAUUUGAGUCAAGUUCAUCAAGUAAGCAAGAAAAAGUCCCAAAAUCAGAUAAAAAUUUACCCAUUCAUUCGAUGGAUCAAUUUAAAUCUCAUAAUUGUAUUAAUGUGAAUGACGUUCCUAAAUCAUAUCCAUGCUUCAAUCACGCCGACUGUCAAUGGAAAUACGGUCCUUGUAACUGGAGACGGUCAGAACCUUUUUUAGUGACUUUACCAUCACAACCAUUGGACAUCCAAAAGUUAGAAGAACUUCUGCAUCGACCUAACUGUUCAUUUUUCUCCAUGAAUGAAUCCUGUAUGUGUAAUUUUCAUCCGUCUUGUUCUUCUGAUUCUCGCAAUUCAAACGGUAACCAGUUGUUUAGUAGAAAUCUUGACGGUGAUCAAAAUGCUUGUCUUAGUCGUCUAGACAAGCUCAGUAUCAGUAAUAACUGUAAUUGUGCUCUUGUAUCGAAUAGCUGUACACAAGAAAGAAGUCAAACACAGUCAACUACUUUGUGUGGUGCAACUCAAUGUGAUCUGAUCUCAAGUCAGAACCAAUCGUUGGAGUCUAGCGCAGCUGAUUCCCCCUGCUUAAAAUUAUCCUCUGACCUUACACAUGAAGGCAUCAAUGAGUUGCUAGAUAGUAACUUUUAUGCAGAAAAAACAGAACCUGUAUCUGUUUAUAAUCCUCACAUACACUCAAAUGCAACACAACCCAUAUGUGAGCAAAAUAUUGAUUAUCCAUCAACCAGUUCAGUUAUUCAUCCUGGUAUAAAUGUAGCUUCUCAGGAUACUCGUCGACGUAAGCGCCUUCCAAGUAGCUGGUCCACUAUCAGUCCAACACCAACCGGCAGUACAGAUGUAUCAGCAAAUAUCACUGCUGGUCACGUACUGAGCAACAUCCUUCUUGAUAAUAAACGUCAAACUGCAGUAAGUCAAUGCCAAUCCAGUGGCGAGAAUCCUGGGUAUCUUUAUAUUUCGUCAAUACCAACAGCAACAGUUAUUCCAGGGAGCCAACGUACUAGGACAUGCCAGCAUGCUGCUAGUAUAUACGAAAGUACGACAUCUACCCAUCAAAGGUUUAUUGGUUCUCAUAGCUCUCCUUGUUCCCCAUCCACAUACUUUUCAAUGAAUGGGAGAGGAAGUAUUAAGUCUUCGUUAGUCUCUUUAUCAUCCUCUGCUAUACCGCUAUGGGCGGAUGCACCUACUUAUGCUAAGCCGAAAACUGGCAAGUUUUACGUUUCUAGAGAAGAGAUUCAAGCUCUUUGUGGUGAUCAGCAACAACGUCUUUUUUCUGUCUCAGAACUUAAUCAUGGAGAAGAUUUUGACAAUGAUUCUCGGCUUCAUUCAUCAAAUAACUUAUCUUCUCGUUUGGGGAAUUACUCAAAUGAAUCUGGAACACGUUCAGUUGAGAAAACAGAUGGUAAUGCAACCUUUCGUGGUCAGAAAAACUCAUCGAAUAACCCAGUUAAAACUAUGGCACCUACUCACAAUCCUAUAACAACAAAUGGAUGUAAUUUUGAUUUAUCUAAGUUGGAUUCUACUGAUUCCAUAGUAGUUUUCGAAAGCAAUACAUCACUCCUCAAACCGUUACCAGUUCUCUCUGGACCCUACGUUAAUAUGUUGUCAAGUGCAAUUCACAGUGAGUUGCAACCGUCAACUGAAACGCAUUCAUCUAUUAUGACUUCAAAUGUUUCUACACACUCUAUUAAAAAAAAUGAUGUCAGCAAUAGAGGACAGAAUGUCGAAGAAGUAAAGGACAAUAUACACGGUGGUGGAAAUGGUUCCAAACUGUUAGAUGGUACAAAUGUCGUGUUGAGUAAUCCUGAGAGUUAUGUGAACUUGUUGGGUCUACGGAAAACUGGUUUCACUGUUUUAAACCAUUCAGAAGCAUCGGUUUAUUACAUGAAUCUAUCACCGGCUGGUUUUGAACCAAAACCUAUUACUGUUCAUCCAUCCUCUGUUCCAUUAUCGAGUUCACAAAAAGAUUGUCAAGAUUCUGGUUCAUCACGGUUUCAUCGUCCAGGUAUCUCGACAAGUCUCUCAAUACCACGUGUUCGAGCUGCUGUACCGACCAUGUCGGCUUCUCUUCUUAACAGACCACCGACACCACCAAGACUGGCAGCAGCAACGAAUAACGUUACUUCUAAAAUUACACAACUGCACUACGCUCAUCUUACACUGUCUGACAAUUCAGAUGGUUGUUUAAUGAUAGGUAUGCACCAUCAUAAAAAGUCAAGUGAACUUACAGACAGUUGUGAAAAUAAGAUCGGUCUUCAUUCAAAACAGUCCAUCCCAUGUACAAUAUCUUCCUGCUCAAAUCCUUCUCAGAAUGAAUGUCUCAAUUGCAAUUGUAAGCAAGUUGGUGCUAUUGAUGACAUUUCUUCACAAGAAUUGAACUAUUUGACUAUAGACAUGCGUCAGACUAGAGCACUCUCUGAAUUGGAGCAAGAACUACGCACACGUACUGGACCAAUGUGCAAUGGUGGUUUCCACGUGCCACGGCUUAUACAAGAGAAUUGUGGUAGUGCGAAAAAUGGUAAGAAACCGACUGAGUUGCGCAAACACUUUACCACUUACCUUUUCAAAAGGAAAAAGGAAACAACCUAUAGAAUGACGAAUCUACAAAAAAGUAAACAAAGCCAACAGAAUAUGAAUUCGUUAACUAGUCGAAUCUUGGAUCGUUUGAUCCAUUCAUUCCACAUUCCAUAUCACAGUCACCAAUAAUUGUAUCCAUACCCUAACAAAGUUAGCGACCAGUUAAGCUGCAAUGUCUGCUAUUUGCAUACAACUUUAUAACUGACUGGUAUUGUCAAUAUACAGACAGAUGGUAGUAGCAGUAUUGUCAAUAAUUUUGUAUUAUUUUUUGCCCAUGACUUUUGAGGUAAAAAGUUUCUCAUGUUAUAAAAAGAUCCGGUUGGAGGUGUAUGAUAAGCGAUUAACUAAGCUUUUGAGUCAAUAUAUGCGCCAAAUUAUACAAUUACAAAGUGAUUCUUACUUUUGUAAUUUACCAUUAUAUAUUGUAUUACAUAUAGUAUUAUAUUGUAGUAUAAUCACAUAAUGUACAUUAUUUCCACUUUGAGACAAGUUCAUCAAAUUGUGGAAACUAUUUUACUUUUUUUUUACUGCUAUCAUUAUUAUCUCAUUCCCUAUGAUUUUUUUGUAUUGUUACACAAGUCAUAUCUUUUUAAUAUUGGUUCGUUUAUACUGCUCAUUAUUUCAUUGCGUUAUGUGCCUACUAUUUUCUUGCUUUGAAGCAAUGGUCACUCAACAAUAUGAUCAUCACUGCAACGGGAAUGACACUGAUCGCCUUUUUUAUUUAUCCCAGUGAUGUCUCCAUUCUUAUAGAUCCUGUAGUCUAUAAUAAUUUAAUUAGUAGACUAUAAAACCUCUGGGAAACUGAAUGUCUCGUAGUUAGUUCUCAUGAUAAAGUUAGGUGAGUUGAGAAACAAUUGGUAUUAUUGGAUAACUUCUCCAGGACUAAGUUUGAAGGUAUCCUGACCAACAAUGGACUAGAUGGUUUGAAAAAACUUGGGCACCGAGUUAGUAUGAUUCAU